UUAAGGGGAGCUAAUUAGUGAACAGGAAACCUUACUGCGCAGACUCAGACAGCGUUGGUCUCCUUGCAGAACUAAGAUGGGAGCUUCAGUCGGGACCCUUCCAGCAGAAUACAAUCCUAAGAUCCAUGGACCUUAUAAUCCAGGCACUUAUUAUGGGCCACAUGACCCCCUAAGUGAAGUGAAAAUUGGUGAGAUUACAUCAUGGGUUGGCCGAAGGAAUAUGUCUCCAACUGGAAUGGUUAGAGCAGUAAAUAGAGGCCAUUGGAGGUGGUUGCAGAACUAUUUCCUGACAAAGAAAGGUGGUUCUGCGGGAGUGGCUCAGUUUUGUGUUUUGAUUUCCCUGAGUUACUACUUCCUACAAUACAGAGCCCACACUAACCAUCGCCAUGCUAAAUACCAUUAAUUCUUAGGAGUGGAAUAAAGUCAUCUUUGAAAGUACCAAGUUGAUAUGCAGUCAUAGAUUCUGAAGUUCUGCCAGACUGGGAAAAUUAUCAGAAGUUCCUUUAGAUUUAAUAAACUUAAAUUUUAAA